AUAAGGCCAGUUUGAGGAAAAUUAGGGCGGCUCACACCAUUAUUAUUGCAGCUCCACGUGGCCCCUUCUAAAAACCUAGCAUCGGCGUUGUUGAUUGCGAUUUCAACAGUUUUAGACUCAUGAACGCAUUCUCUUCUUGAGCUUGAUUCGUUUCCGAGUCCCUUCAACUUGAUUCUGUGCCUACGCUCGGAACGCGAACGGUGUGGUUGAACAACCCGGAGAGCCCGCUAGGGGCUAGACUUUUCUUUCCCUUGAUUAUUACCUUUGGUAAUAAACAAAUUACGGAGAUCAUGGCUGCCACAAGUCGACGAAGGAAUAUGUCGUUCCUAACCUUUUCUCCCUUUUUCACUUUAAUACUCGCUCCUCUACUUCUCUUCGUCCUUUGUCUUCCUGCGCCAGCCUCGGCUGCCGGUUCAGCUGUCCUGGGUAUCGAUCUGGGAACGGAGUAUCUCAAAGCCGCCCUUGUGAAGCCAGGUAUCCCACUCGAGAUCGUCCUCACCAAGGACUCGAAGCGCAAGGAAUCGGCAGCUGUCGCUUUCAAGCCUUCCCGAGAAAGCAACUCUCAAUUUCCUGAACGGUUUUACGGUGGAGACGCCCUCGCCCUCACCGCUCGUUUCCCUGACGAUGUCUACGCGAACCUCAAGUCGCUUCUCGGCAUUCCAUUCGAAAAUAGUGAAAUCGUGAAACAGUACGGCGACCGCUAUCCGGCGCUACAACUCGAACAGGCCUCAGGUGAUAGAGACACCGUGGCAUUACGCAGUCAAAAACUAGCCGGUAAUGAGGGAAAGCAUGCUUUCUUAGUAGAAGAAAUUCUCUCUAUGCAACUGAAGCAGGUGAAAGCAAACGCUGAAGCAUUGGCUGGCAAAGGGACGAAUAUCCGAGACGCUGUCAUCACCUAUCCUGCUUACUAUACCGCCGAGGAGAAGCGAAGUCUUGAAUUGGCAGCAGAAUUGGCAGGUUUAAAUGUGGAGGCAUUGAUUAGUGAUGGCCUGGCUGUCGGAUUGAAUUACGCAACAAGUCGCACUUUCCCAAGCGUCUCUGAUGGCCAAAAACCGGAAUAUCAUUUGGUAUAUGAUAUGGGUGCGGGCUCUACUACCGCUACUGUUCUCAGAUUCCAGAGCAGGACCGUGAAAGAUGUUGGACGCUACAAUAAGACUGUUCAGGAAGUCCAUUCCCUUGGAGCUGGGUGGGAUAGGACACUUGGUGGCGAUGCGCUCAACGAACUCAUUGUGAAUGAUAUGAUUGACAAACUCAUUCAAAGCAAGAAGCUUGGUGAAGGAAUUACGGCUUCUGACGUCAGGUCUCACGGGAAGACGAUGGCGAAAUUUUGGAAGGACUCUGAGCGCGUCCGUCAAAUCCUGAGUGCCAAUACGGAAACAGGUUCUACAUUCGAAGGAUUGUAUCAGGAAGAUGUCAUCUUCAAAUAUAAAAUCACGCGCUCCGAGUUUGAGUCUCUGGCAAAAGAACAUGCAGCCAGAGUAGGAACACCAAUUGACGAUGCCCUGGCCGCAGCUGAUUUGAAACUAAGUGACCUUGAUUCGGUUAUUCUCCACGGUGGAACUAUCAGAACGCCAUUUGUUCAAAAGGAACUGGAAAAGAGCUGUGGAGACGCCAGCUUAUUAAGGACAAGCGUUAAUGCUGAUGAGGCUGCUGUUUUCGGGGCGGCUUUCAAAGGAGCCGCUCUGAGUCCUAGUUUCAGAGUCAAGGAAAUUCGCGCAGUGGAUUCCGCAAAUUAUGCUAUCAAAGUCAAGUGGACUUCGGAUGGCAAGGAAAGACAACAGAAGCUGUUUACACCAACGUCUCACGUUGGCGUUGAGAAACACCUGACAGUUAAGAAUUUGGAUGAUUUUGAGUUCAGCUUCUACCAGCAAAUACCUGGCGCCAAUGAGCAGAUCGAUGCUCCUGUUUUGAACGUCGCUACGCAGAAUUUGACAGCAUCGGUGAAGAAAUUGACCGAUAGUUUUGCAUGUGCACCCUCCAACAUUACCACCAAAUUUUCCGUUCGUCUAAGCGCUGCGGAUGGACUUCCUGAAAUUUUCAGUGGUUCUGUGAGCUGUGAGGUCGAUUCUAAAAAGGGAAUUGUGGACGAUGUAAAAGGCUUCUUUGGCUUGGGAAAAAGAGACGAGCAGAAACCAUUGCGGGAAGAUGAAGACGAAUCAGUUGAGUCUGUGACCCUUGAAGGGGAAGCUUCAACAUCAACAGAGACUGCCUCUACUACCCAGAUAUCGGACGUUUCUCCUACUCAAGAGACAAAACAAGCGGAAGCGAAAGUAAGAGUGGAAACGAUUCCAAUUGGCCUAAAGUCUUCCUCUCUCGGGCGCCCACCUUUGCCGCCAUCAGAACUUAGUCGCGUCAAGGAGCGUUUGGCUGCGUUUGAUGCAUCUGACCGAGAACGCGCUUUGAGAGAAGAGGCGCUUAACGAGCUAGAGGCUUUUAUCUAUAGAGGUCGUGACCUGGUGGAUGACGAGGGGUUCGCCAAGGCGCUCAAAGCCGAUCAGCUUUCUUCUCUGAAAGAGCGUGUUGAGGCCGCAAGCGAAUGGCUUUAUGGUGAUGGCGUGGACGCCAAUACGAAAGAUUUCAAGGAGAAGCUGGCUUCUUUGAACGAAAUUGUCAACCCAGCACUCAGGAGGAAAAAGGAGAACUCGGAGCGUGAUAUCAAAGCGAAGGUUCUCAAAGAAGUGCUCGCUGGUGCAAAAUCGGUGGUUGAUCUUGUCGAGCUCCAAAUCAAACACGACGAAGAAGCAUUUUCUUCACUAUCCAGUGAGAGCGCUACCACAACAACUGAAGCUAGCUCUAGCACCACAACUGCUUCUACCUCCGAUGGAGAAAUUGACCUUGAAGACGAUCCUUACUCAUCAUCCGGCUCCUCCUCAAGCACCACCUCUAUUACCGCUGUGCCUACAGUACCGACAUACUCCAUCUACACUCCUCAAGACCUAACCUCUCUAAAACGGGUUUAUGAGACAACAACCGAAUGGUUCGAUACCCAAAGUGAGCUUCAAGCAAAGCUCACCGAGUCCGAUGAUCCCGUCUUGACUGUGGCCGAGAUGGACUCGCGACUUCAAGAGGUCGAACGCGUAUUACAACGCAUUUACACCAAAAUGGGCGCUAAGAGUGCUGGCGGCUCGUCCUCCGGCUCUUGGUCCAAGAAGAGCGAUGGCAAAAAGAAAGACAAUGGGAAGAGCAAAACAAAGACUGAGAAGAAGACAUCUUCGAAAGCUAAACCUACAGUAAAGGACGAAUUGUAAAGGCGUUUUCUAGGUAUGUAGUAUCACUGUCAAUAAUAGAUGUGAAGUGUAAUUUUCUAUUACACUAAGAAGGUGUUUGAAGUCAUUUAACGAUACAUGUAUGUAUAUCAAUGAAUAUUUUGAAUGAUUAGCAAUCUAUUAUCAUUAAUUGAUAUCAACUGAUAGUUUUGUUGAUGCAAGUACAAGAUUAAAUUUUUGCUAGAUAGCAUUUCAAAUAUUGGUGGUA